AAAUGAUGUGCUUUUACCUUUAGAAUUAAAAAAUAAAGUUUGACUUUGACAUUCAAUCCUAUUUAUAUUUGUGAAAAACUUCUACUUUAUGCCAUUUGGCUAUUGCUGAAGUCGCAAAAGGGCCUAUAAAGAUUACAAAACUGAAGCUAGGAAAAGUUUUGUUUAUUAUUUCAAGCGUCGAAAAAUUUUUUGAAAGAGCCAUGUCCAAAACACUGAAACUCAAUAAUGGCAAGGAAUUACCAAUUGUUGGAUUAGGAACGUACAAGUCUGGUCCUGGUGAAGUUAUAAGAGCAGUUAAGGAUGCCAUCGAUGCAGGUUAUAGACAUUUUGAUUGCGCUUGGUUUUAUGGCAACGAAGCCGAGGUUGGUGUAGGUUUGAAAGAAAAAAUUGAUGAAGGGAAGGUUAAAAGAGAGGAUAUUUUUAUUACCAGCAAACUGUGGAAUAAUUUUCACGCAAAAGAUAAAGUAGUGCCCAUGCUCAAAGAAACGCUGGAUAAUUUGAAAUUGGAUUAUGUUGAUCUGUACCUUAUACAUUGGCCUUUUGGAUUCAAGGAAAAGGCAAGUCUAUGGCCAGUUGGAGAAGGUGUAAAAGCUUAUAGUGAUGUUGAUUAUUUGGAAACAUGGGAAGGAAUGGAGGAAUGUGUAAAUCAAGGCCUCGCCAAAAGUAUUGGUGUAUCUAAUUUUAACGCAGAACAGAUCGAUCGUCUUUUGAAGAAUUGCAAAAUCAAGCCAGUUUGCAACCAGGUAGAAGUGAACCCAAAUUUAAACCAAAAGAAGCUUAUUGAGUUUUGCGGACAGCGUGAUAUUGUUAUCGUCGGAUAUUGUCCGUUGGGACGCAGUGAAUAUGCUGGUACACCUGGCUUUCCGGAUCCAACAAUCUUCGAUCCGAAAGUGGCUGAAAUUGCCAAGAAGUACAAUAAGACACCCGCUCAAGUUGUUUUAAAUUAUCUGAUAUCUUUAAGGAUAUCGGUGAUUCCUAAGUCAGUCACUAAAUCCAGGAUUAUAGAGAAUAUAAACGUUUUCGAUUUUACCUUGGCUCCCGAAGACGUAGCGUACCUCGAUUCUUGCAACAAAAAUCAAAGGGUGUGUCCAUUGUCAAUGUUCGAGGAUCACAAAUACUACAGCUUCAAAAGUGAUUAUUAAUUUGUACACGUCUCUGUUUUGUGAAUAUGAUUACAUAGAUUUGAAUGAAUAUUAAAUAUUUUUAAAGAGAA